AUGGAGGACUCGAGUCAGCACGUUGUCUUCAAGGCUUACAUCCACUGCAAGGGAUGCGCCAGAGACGCCUCUCGAUGCCUCAAAGGAUUCGAUGGGGUAGAAGGUGUCGCGAUUGAUGCUGCAAAUGAUAUAAUCGUAGUGAAGGGGGAGAGCGUCGACCCGACUAAGGUUUUGAAUAGGCUGAGGAAAAAAUUCAGAACCGUGAAGCUAAUCAGCCCCAUACCGCAGCCCAUUCAGCCUGAGAAGGAUCCGCCAAAGAAAGAGGAGGUAAAAAAUGUGGAGACGGAUUGGUUUUGCAUCGAAAUCAGCCGGUUCUCGGUUGAGUUAGCUGGCUCAACUGGUGUUCUCAGAGUAGGGCCGGGCCCGGAGCAUGGAACCGUUGCGAUCAUGGGGAUGAUUGAGGAUUCACAGCUACUAAAGCAUGCGAGGAAACAUGUACACAAACAAGCUCAGAUUGUGAUGCCGGAAGAACCGCCCGCGCCGGCCGCAAAUGAGGCCGAGACCUCUCCGGAGGAGGAGGAGCAAGUUGUCGCAAGUUAUUUUCCUCAGAAUUCGAUCAAUCACACGUGUGCCUGUUGUGAGAUGUUCAACGACGAAAACAUCAAUUCUUGUUGCGUGAUGUGA